AUGGUAUGGAGGCAGCUCUGGCCAGUGGUCAAAGAAAGAGUAUUCCGUAUCUUUCAGAUAUCACUUCAAGAUAGCGAUCUCCCUUCCCAAUGGAGAAAUGCUAAGAUUAUACCGCUAAAGAAGCCGGCCAAGAAAAAUUACGCGCUGGCUAAAGCAUGGAGACCAAUAUCAUUGCUCUCCACGUUGGGUAAAAUACUGGAAGCGGUCGUCGCGGAAAGGAUAUCAUACGCUGUCGAAGAGUUCGGCCUGCUGCCUAUAAACCACUUUGGAGCAAGGAAGAGGCGCUCGGCAGAACAGGCACUUCUAUUAUUGCAAGAAGAGAUCUAUAAGGCCUGGAGAAAUAGGAAGGUACUAAGCCUGGUCAGUUUUGAUGUCCAAGGGGCAUAUAAUGGAGUCUUCAAAGAGAGACUGCUGCAGAGACUCAAGGCAAGAGGAAUACCUGACCAAAUAGUUCGAUGGAUUGAUGCUUUCUGCUCAAGACGCACAGCAAACAUCCUGGUUAAUGGAUCUACAAGCGAACAACGGGAGCUACCACAGGCAGGCUUACCACAAGGAUCACCACUGUCCCCAAUACUAUUCCUGUUCUUCAAUGCGGAUUUAGUACAACACAGGAUAAGUGCCUCCGGAGGAGCAAUUGCAUUUGUGGAUGACUAUACGGCAUGGGUAUCAGGCCCAUCAGCAGAAGUAAACCGGGCUAGCAUACAAGCCAUAAUCGACAGAGCCUUGGAUUGGGAAAGACGAAGCGGGGCAACAUUUGAAUGUGAUAAAACGGCCAUAGUUCACUUCACCCGGACGGCAAGCCGUUCAAGCAGCAUACCAUUCUUGAUUAAAGGCGAAAUAGUCGAACCAAAGGAAAGUGCAAAGAUUUUAGGAAUAGUGAUGGAUUCCCAGCUACGGUUCAAGGAACACAUUGCCAAUGCUGCUACCAAAGGACUCACGGCAGCCAUGGCGCUGAGAAGGCUAAAGAUGACUUCCCCACGGUCAGCAAGACAACUAUUUAGAGCUACAGUAGCUCCAGUGACAGACUACGCUUCUAGUGUCUGGAUGCAUGCCUGUGGAGCAAGGGGAACACAAUAUUUAAACAGAAUACAGAAACAUGGAGCUAUUGCAGUAACGGGGGCCUUUCGGACAGUAGCAACUGCUGUGGCUGAGGCAGAAGCAGGCAUCCAGCCGUUCCACAAUCGACAUAUGGAGAAAGCUAUAAAACUACACAUCGACAUCCAAACACUACCUGAAUCAAACCCCUAG